UCAGUCGAUCCACUGAGUCACGAACUCGCUCGAGUCGCAGCUUCUUCUUAUUGAGUCAGCAACGAGCUUUGGCUCGCUCGCCUCCCACCGAACUCGGUCUCUAGCCCGCUACCUUCACGAGCAAAGUCGAGCUGCAGCCAUGGCGUGCGCGAAUGCAAUGGCGAGACCAGCGGCACUCCCAGCUCGCGAUCGCCAGCUCAAAGAGCUCGCCUUCGGGGCCUCGAGCUCUCCCCUCCUCAAAUUCGGUGGUUCCCGGGUCCGCCGGCUCGGUGGGGGGAAGCUUCAUGGCGCCAGAAACGCUUCGGCUCUUCCCGUUGUCAGAGCCGAGAGCAGCACCCCAGAGUAUUUUCCGGAUGCCAAAUUCUACAAAGUAGAAGCGAUUCUCAGGCCUUGGCGUAUCCCUCAGGUUUCCUCGGCUCUGCUUAAGAUGGGUAUUCGAGGUGUCACUGUUUCAGAUGUUCGGGGUUUUGGUUCUCAGGGAGGCUCUACAGAAAGGCAGGCUGGCUCUGAAUUUUCUGAAGACAAGUUUCUUGCUAAAGUCAAGAUGGAGAUUGUAGUGAGCAGGGAGCAGGUCGAAGCAGUAAUUGACAAAAUAAUUGAGGAGGCAAGAACGGGAGAGAUUGGUGAUGGCAAAAUUUUCUUGGUGCCCAUCUCAGAUGUAAUAAGAGUUCGCACAGGUGAGCGUGGAGAUGAGGGCGAGAGGAUGAGCGGAGGCCGGGCCGACAUGUUCUCGACUUCCUAACAUCUACAGGUUGUCAAUCCUUCAGCGAAGCUCUAGUUAGCAUCUGUUACCUGACUCUCUCCUUGCGAAAGUUUCCGAAAGUUUGAACUGUGUUUGAAGAGUUUACAGUCAACAUCAGUCAUGUCUCUGAGUCGUGGGACCAUGGUUGAGUAGGUUGAUUUGACGGUCCAAGGGGAAAAAAUGGAUCCGAAAAACUGGCUUCUUAUGUAGUGCCGAGUCUGAAGGAGUGCUGUCAUUUACCUUGGGUGCCGAGGGCCCUACGGCAUCAAUUAAGGAUUGCUAAUAAUGUCCUGUAAUGUCGCUCGUGAAAUGAAAAUUUAGCAAGCGAAACUCAGUUGGAUUAUUGUCUUUAAAGCACUCGUUAAUAUGCGCUCUCACAUAACAUCAGGUGUUUCUUACA